AUGGACAACCACAAUGAGACCGUCAAACAUAUAUCAGCCCGUCUGAAGGAUCUGUACUCACGGAAAGAGAGAUUUCGAAUCUUUCAUGGCUCUACCAACUCGACGAGAAAGUAUUCAGUCGAUCAGAACAGAAUGAUUGAUACUAGCUCACUAAAUCAUGUUCUUUCUGUGAACAAGUCAACGAAAACCGCAUUGGUAGAACCCAAUGUGCCGAUGGACAAACUGGUUGAAGCAACACUGCCCCUUGGUCUAGUACCACCUGUGGUUAUGGAAUUUAAGGGUAUCACUGCUGGCGGAGGAUUUAGCGGGACCGGAGGCGAGAGUUCAAGCUUUAAGCAUGGCUCGUUCGAUUGUACUGUCAAUUGGAUUGAGAUUGUGCUGGCCGAUGGAGAGAUCAUGAAAGCUUCUCCUGAAUUGAAAGCUGACCUUUUCUAUGGUUCGACCAGCUCAUUGGGUACGUUGGGCGUGACGACCUUGAUGGAAAUUCAACUCGUUGAUGCAGCAAGAUAUGUUGAAACCACAUAUACCCCAUGCGUAUCAUUGGAAGAAACCCUGAACAAGGUAGAGACUGCUAGCAGGGACCCCGCAAACGACUAUGUUGAUGGAUUUCUUGUUUCUCUACAUCGAGGUAUAGUCGUCACCGGCCACCUUACCUCUUCUGUAUCCCGUGAAACACGCAUACAGAGAUUCCAAGGACCUCGUGAUCCUUGGUUCUACAUGCAUACGGAUAGGACAACACAGAGAGCUGGCGGUCCAGUUACGGAAGCUGUGCCUCUAGCGGACUAUCUCUUCCGUUAUGAUCGUGGUGCUUUCUGGAUGGGCAAGUAUGCCUUUAAUUACUUCAUGGUUCCCUUCAACCGCAUAACUCGAUGGGCUCUGGACGACUUUAUGCAAACAAGCACAAUGUAUCAUGCUUUGCAUGCUAGCGGACACAUGCAGCAAUACAUCAUUCAAGACCUGGCCAUCCCUGCUUCCAGCGUCAAGGACUUUAUCGUUGCAGUCGACCAGACGUUCGGGUUCUACCCGCUUUGGCUAUGCCCAAUGAAAUCAUGGACACAACAAUCCUCCUUCCAUCCACACGCCAUCGAGACUGACCUUCUCAUCAAUGUCGGUGUCUGGGGUCCGAAUGGAGCAAACAGUCCGUCAGAAGUGAUUCAGCGUAAUCGCCAGCUCGAGAGUCUUGUGAGACAGCACGGAGGUAGAAAAUGGCUAUAUGCUCAAGCAUAUUACUCAGAGUCAGAGUUUUGGGAUAUCUACGAUGAGAAGUCAUAUCGAGGUUUGAGAAGCAAGUACAAGGCUGAGCAUUUGCCCAGUGCUUUCGACAAGGCUUGCAUAAAUAGUAUUGGUGAAACCCCACAGGGAUGGGGAGAGCGGGCUACUCAGAAGUUAUGGUCUAUCUGGCCGAUCUCUGGUGUUUAUGGUGUUCUGCAGACGUUGGUCAGCAAGGAAUAUUUACUCAAAAAGUGA